UUAAUCGGCGUUUUCGAAAAAUAAUAUGGCGGCUAAAAAUCUCUUCAGAUCUGCAUUAUCAUCCAUUCGGUCGAAAAUAAUCAGCUAAAAAUAAACAAGUAUUCCCAUCAAUUGUUCUAGCUUGUUUGAUACUGAAAUAAUUAUUAUUUUGUUGUUUUAUUUGAAUGAAGAUGAAGAUCACUUUGAAAAAUCUGCAACAACAAUCAUUCGUGAUUGAAAUGGAACCUACGAUAACGGUCAAGCAACUCAAAGAGAAAAUUGAAAAGGAUGCAGGUGCCGAGUAUCCUUCAGAAAAUCUUAAACUUAUCUAUGCUGGAAAGAUUCUUAACGAUGAGAGUCCUUUGUCUGAAUAUAACAUUGAUGAGAAGAAAUUCAUUGUAGUGAUGGUCACUAAGCCAAAACCUCCAGAGAAGGCUAAAAGUGGAGAUGGAAAUUCUGAUCAGAAAAGCUCUCAGUCAUCUACCCCCCCCACAGCGGCUCCGCAGGCUCAGUCUGCCACCUCCGCAACCCCUGCGGUUGCUGCAACAGAGACACCCUCCACAGCAGCCAUCACUCCAACCACUGGAGACACCACACAAUUGAGUAAUACAGCUGAAUCUGCUCUUUUGAUGGGUGAUGAAUAUGAAAAAAUGGUCAAAAACAUCACAGACAUGGGUUAUGCUAGGGACCAGGUUGAGCAAGCUCUAAGAGCAAGCUUCAAUAACCCAGAUCGGGCCGUAGAGUAUCUUAUCAAUGGGAUACCUGCAAAUUUGGAUGAACAGGAGGCUCAGGUAAGUGCCGAUAUGUCUGGAGUAGAUGAAAGACAGUCCGAAGCAGGAGACCCCCUGGCCUUCCUGAGGACCCAACCUCAGUUCCAACAGAUGAGACUUGUCAUUCAACAGAAUCCCCAGCUGUUAAAUGCGGUUCUUCAGCAGAUUGGUCAAACGAAUCCUGCUCUGCUUCAGCUAAUAUCCCAAAAUCAGGAAUCUUUUGUCAGGAUGUUGAACGAACCAACACCAGCUCAAGGGAGUGCAGCAACACCAGCUAACACAACUACAGGUCCUGUGCCUCCUUUAACACAACCAGCCUCAGCUGUUCCAACAUCUGGGAUGAUCCAGGUCACACCUCAAGAUAAAGAUGCCAUCGAAAGGCUUAAAGCACUGGGCUUUCCUGAACAUUUAGUGGUGCAGGCAUACUUUGCAUGCGAUAAAAAUGAAAAUUUGGCGGCCAAUUUUUUGCUGUCGCAAAAUUUUGACGAUUAAUACAUUUCACGAAUAUAAAAUAGGCUGAAAAAUCUGACAAAUAAUGAAGUUUUACAUGGUACAAAGAUUCGGAAGUUGAAAAUCGUUUUCGCCAACGGUUUUGUUCAUAUCGUAUACUUUGUACAUCCCUAGUUGUUUCCCAGUUAUCUGUUCAUACAUGGUUUUUUCCCAAUUUCUCAUAAUGUAUUUUUGCUGUAAAUAAAACUAGCUGGAUAUUAGUAUGAAUAUAUAUAUUGAAGCUCAUAAGUUUUUCUUUGUUGAUUUUGUUUUUUUUUUUUGUAAAAUAGUGCAGGCUGGAUUCGAGUUUGCUAUUUCAGUUUGCUUGCAUGAGUAUCGAGUUAUUUCAAAUCAUAAAUUUGAACUCUGAAUUAUUUUUGUAGAUUUGUCGAAAUGAAAUGACUGUUUUACCAGAAAGGCUUUUCUUAUGUAUUGUAAUUCAUUUAGGAUAAUUAUAUUGAUAAAAUAGAAAA